AUGAUUGCCGUUGUCUUUGCGGCCGCAGUGGCCGCACUCCUCGCCUACUACUUCCUGGUGUUGAAGGUAAGUAGAGUAUUUGUUGAGGAUGCCAUGCAGAUUAUUUUAGCCGAUUUUUGGGUUAGUCGGGCUUUUGGCUGGCGAGGAAUCGAGAUUUUUCGAAAUUUUUGCCUUUUUUGGGGGUUUUCGGAAAAAUGAAAUUUUUUUUAAAAAAAUAUGAGGUUAAAUACGCCGUUUACAUAAUAUACAAGUUAUUUCCGAAAAUUUAAUUCACUUUCAAAACAUUGGCUAGCCAAAAAAUCCUUUAAAUUGCAAAAAAACUUAAUUUUUUAGCAAAAAAUGGCUGAUUUUUGAUAUUUUUUGAUUUUUCCUGCGGCAAAAAGGCUUGAAAAGUAAGCUAAACCGUUUUCAAAAUAAGAUUAAAGCUUCUACAAUUAAUUUUGGCCACUUUCAGAAGCAGCAAGAAGAUGGUUCAGCCGCACCGAAGUCGGAAACAAAACGCGCGGCCCCCGUGAAAUCGUCGACAAGUCUUCGGACUGGUGUAAGUUUUUCUUCCUGCAAAAUUUUUUACUUUUAUUUUGCGUUCUACUUUAAUUUUGAGUCCCAAUUUUCUUUCAGAAAGAGAAUUCGCGGCGUCAGAAGCCGAUCAAAAUCAUCGAAUUGUCCUUGGGUGGGGAUGACUCUGCUCCGGGAGUCGUGCACACGGCUCAAGCGCCAAUUCGAGUAUGUAUAGAACUGUUUUUUACUGUUUUUUUACAGUGAGGGACCUAAUACAGUGGCAAAAAAACGUACCAUUUUGCAUCCGGGAAGUCUCAAAAAUGUGGCAAAAUACCUCCCUUUCCAAGUGAAAAACUCAGUUUUGAAGGGCGCCUUAUCUCAAAAAUAGCGGGUGCCCUUCAAAAUGGAGUUUUUUUCACUUGGAGAGGGAGGUAUUUUGCUGCAUUUUUGGUACUUCCAGGAUGCAAAAUAGUGCGCUUUUGGCCACUGGGGUAAAAGUUCCUUAUUCUGGCCACAACUUAUAACUUUGCGGAAACUGGUCAGAAUUAACCCAAAUUUGGCGUGCAGGGUCAAUUCAUCGUUGUCGAUGCCCGAACGGUGGCCGUAGUUAGUGAGGUACCUUCUUUUUUUACGUACCACCCUUUAAAAACGGCUGCAACCUGCGAUUUUACACUUUAUACGAUAAAACCUGUCCGGAACUAAACUUAUUGCCUCCGUGUAGGACUAUAUGAUUCGUCAUAGCCUUCGUAGGUACCGUUAAAGCUAUAGAGCUAUUGUAUUAAUUCAGUACCAGCUAGGUCGAAGCCUUUUUUUCCUAACUUUAGUUCCCCAACUUAGGCGCAGUUCGCAGAGUACCUUUGUUGUGGCCAGAAUAAGGAAUUUUUUUCCGCCACUGGAUCAGGUCCGCCACUGUAUCUUUUUUUUGUUUGAGCCAUUCUUUACCCAACCUUUUCUUUAGUCGCCAGCUCCGGCUUCAGAGCCAAAGCCCGCUCCGCCUCCGGAGCCAGCGGCUGCUCCACCUCCACCGCCGCCUCCAGAACAGCCUCCGCCGCCCCCCGCACAAGCCCCGCCGCCACAGCCCCCUCCAAGCGCCGAACGCGAGUCAACGGACGUUGUGACGGCCCAAAACCCGAAACCCGACGAGAUCACCGACCCAAGUGCCCCGUCGAAGGAUGUUGUAACUGCCCAAAACCCGAAACCCGAUGAAAUCACCGACCCAAGCGCCCCGUCCAAGGACGUGGCCACGGCUCAGGUCCCCGUUGAUGAGAAGACCGACCCCAACGCCCCGUCAAAGGACGUUGUAACGGCGCAGAUCCCGAAACCCGACGAAGUCACCGAUCCGAAUGCGCCGUCCAAGGACGUGGGCACGGCUCGGAUCCCGGUCGAUGAGAAGACCGACCCGAAUGCGCCGAGCAAGAAUGUGGCGACGGCCAAGGAUCCGGACGCGCGGUCGGCGGAAAAGCCCUCGAGCGAUGUGGGAACGGCGGUGGCGCCGGGCGAGGCGGCGCAAGCGGGAGAGGCCAGCGAACCGCCGAAAGCACCUGGCACCGCGCCGGUCUUCGAUCCGGCACUGGAUGAGUGAGUUUUGGGAGGAUUUGGGAGUUUGAAGGUUUUCGUGGUGGGACCAAAGAAAAAAUAAAUUUUUAGGAAAAAGGAGAAAGACGGGGUUGAAAUUUUUUUAGAAUACAACUAAUGGCCUUCUGGCUCUUUUUGACUCAUUUUGACCUCAUUUUGCGACAUGAAAUGUUUUCGUGCCGAGACCCAAAGCAAAAAAUUUUUUUUGGCCUAAAUGACGAAAUUUUCUUCCGAAGGCCAUAAUACAUACAUGCCACGCCAAAAUUUCACAAUUUCGUAUUUUACCCCAUUUUUCAGGAACAAGAAACAUAAACACAAGCACAGAAAACAUAAGAAGAAGAGCAAGCGUGACGGCGAGGACAAAAAGAAGGACAAGUCCAAGAAGAAGCGCUCCAAAAAGUCCAAGAAGAAGAGGAGCAAGAAGAGCAAGUCCACUCAAGACGCUCCCGGUGACGCCCAGCCUGCCCCAGAUGCUCCUCCAGCUUCAUGA